CGGCCAUGGAGUGGGGGACCGGGGUUAGCGGCAGCGGCGGGGGAUGGAGGCGCCCUCGGGCUGCACCAUCGCCCAGAAGGGGAGUCAGGGGCAGCACAGGCCCCCGAGCUGCAGCAACCACAAAUUGCGACGACAGGGAAGCGCCGAGCCGCGGCGCGAACUGCGCGCUCUCUCCAGACUCGCCGCCCGCCAGCGGCGGCAGCAACCGGAACCGGAACUCGGCGCGGCCACCACCACUGAGCGCGGCGGGGAGGGGGAGCAAGGACCGGACGAAACGCCACGCCUGAAAACAGGAGGGGCGAGGCUUACCACGGCACCACGCGAGUGGAAAGGGUCGUCUCCGCUAGCGGCGGCCCACACCAGCUCACCUAGGGGCGGCGGCGCGCGGCCCGGCUGCCGGACCGUACCAUCCCGAGCGGUGAAGCCGCCGCGGAGGGGCGCGCGCGAGCCGAGGGCGCACCCGGGAGGCCCAGAGCCGGGGGCCGGCGUUGGGGCGCCGGGGAGGCCCGGCUUCCGCCUAGACCCACCCGGAGCCAGCCCCCUAUGCGGACACGACAUCCCCAUGGGGACGGUGGCGCGAAACGCCCCACUCUGCCGCCCCCAAACUCUGCAGACCCCCAGCUUCCCUCGGCGGCCGCGACCUCCCACCUCCCCCUCUGCCGCUGAGGGCCCGCGGUGUACACAAUAGGCUUCCCAGAAGGGUUAAGAGGCAGAGGUAGAAGAAAUACGGAUUUUAAUGAAGAGUUUUCCCUUUGGUAUAAGUGAGACCCGUGGAAACAUCCAAACAACAGCAAAAGGAGGCCAGGAUGAAAACGGUCAACUCUCCCUUAUCCACAAGGCCAAAAGAGGGGGGCCGGCUUGCUGUGGUGUGGCCACCCCGGGCCUAGGCUGGGUCGGGCCUGUAAAAGGUACUCAGGAACUGCAGGUUUUGCGUUUCCCCUCCAUGAAACUGACAGGCAUUCAGGCUGACUUCUGCCUCUCAGUCUCGCGGUAAGAGACCCACGUUUUUCUAGUCCUAGAUGGAAAUAAAUUUCAUCUGACUCAGGUCUCUGGUAUAAAAGGUGCGAUCCCAGUUACCUCACAGGCCUAGGCGAGGAAAAUGCCAAGAGCUGUAAAAGGGCUUGGAAAAGUCAAAAAGGUGAUGUAUAAAUGUAAUAAUUGAUUAUCAUUUUGUGCUCAAGAAUAAGCCAUGGAAAA